AGCCGAGAGGCGCAAAAUACGCAACAUACCGAGUAUUGCCGAGUUGCUGAAAUCAGUCGUAGAAACAAAUAGUGGAUUUAUUGUCUUAGAGUGAUAAUUUCGUGAUUUUGGAAGUACUGUGGUGUUUAUUCGAGGAAUAGAGAAGAGGAUUAACACUUUUUCACGCGUGAAACACAGCCAAAAUGAGUAAAAAGAUUUUCUUGUCGCAGUGCAAGUCAGAAGCGCUGGCCCUGAGUGCUGCCCAGAUAUCGGACGAUGAGCUUGUUGCUAUGACCGUCAAAGAACUGAACAAGUUGUUGAAAGGAUUGCCAAGAGAUGAAACCAUCAAGCUAAAACAACGCCGCCGUACAUUGAAAAACAGAGGCUACGCAGCCAACUGCAGGGAAAAACGCAUGUCCCAAAAAGAAGAGUUGGAAACUGAAAAAGAGCGGCUUAGGGCAGAAGUGCACAGGCUUCAGAGAGAAAAUGAUGUAGUCAAGAUGGAACUCACAUCACUGAAAAACAAGUACGAUGCUCUGCAACGGUUCGCAGAAGUCAACAGAAUUAAGGUCUUGACCCCACCAAUGUUUCUGACCCCUCCCCACUUUGGCCACAGAGAAUCAAUGAUUGUGAAAUCAGAGCCGUCACAGGCAUAGCCGAGUUAUGCCCAAUUCACGAACAGAAUGUGCUGCACAAUUUAACAUGCCCUGAUCUUUAGACUCCAUUAAAGCAGUUUUAUGAAACUAUGAUAUACUUUAUUGCCAAAAACAAUAUUACUAUCAAAACAAGAAACAACACUGAACAUAAAACUCUUGGAGGGGCACACCUGAUUCUUUCAGACUAUUCCUUGCUCAGAACGAUGUCUGUGAGACAUUUGCAUUGAAAGAAUGGUACAGAGGACAGAUACACAUGAUGUGUUCAGAUUCAUACUCUAGCUACCGGAGGAAAAUCUGGUGCAAAAAACAUUCAUAUAGAUAUAUAUAUAUAUAUAUGUGAAAAUAUAUAUUAACAAUAAUGUCUGUAUGUACAUGUAUGUUUUUAUGUAUACUUGUAUAUUUACUUUGAACCAAUAUCAAAAUGAUAGAGUUUAAUGAACUUUUCCUGACGGUUUGACAAUUGUCAAUAACACAAAUGGUGCUUUCUUUCCAGUCAUGUUCUUUAGUAUCUCCAUCAACAUCCAAUGAUUCAUAUCAUUUGUUAAUUUAAUAAGCCCUUAUUUUUUGCUGACUUUGCGUACAUAUACAAUGUAUACGUAUGAAUAUGGUUGUGUCUUCUGAAUACCUGUCUUGUGUUGAUUUGUUAAAUGUUAAUGAACUUUUUGUUUUGAAAAUGGGAGACAUUCAGAAAUCCGUUAUGAUUUUGGGUUAAUUCAUCAACAUCAUUCAUGUUAUUUAUUUUUCAUUGGUUAGAUUAAUUGGAAACAGUUAAUUGGAAAUUGCAGAAAUAUUUGCUCCCACUUUCAAAAACUUACAAAAUGUGGGUGAAAUUCUAUUCAGUGUUUUGUAUUAAUUUUUUUUUUUACUUUGGUUAAGUUUGAACUUUAAAAUCAAGAUGAUUAAAAAAAAAUAAAAACAUGGUUCAAAAUUUUAUCUGUCAUAAAUUUACUGACAUUUUUUUUUUUUUUUUUUUUUUUUUUUUUAAAUGUUAUUUAUAUAUUUUUUAAAAAUUUGAUAUAUGUUCUUAGUAGCAUUCCAUAUUAUUUUGUAAUACAGACACCAAAUAACUGUUAAGAUGGUGGUUUAUACAAUUGUUCUCUUCAAAAUUUUUGUUACUGGCAAGCCUGACAUGUGAAUGAAAAUGAUACACUUGGAUGAUUUCAUUAAUAUGCAGGAAUUUGUGACACCUUUACUAAAUUACGUUUGUGGAAAACAGGUGAAACUUGUGGUGAACUGUUCCCUUUUUUGGCCACACCAUCAUAAUUUUUUUAUUCUGAAUAUUUUACAUUUUGUCUGAAACUUUCUUUGAAAAUUUAACUUUCAAAAUAUGGAAAGAGUUUCAAAAGCUUUUGAAACUCCAUGUCUAGGAAGAAAAAACUCUACAGAUAGCCUCAACACUGCACAAUUUCAUGUAUUUAAAUCUGUUUUGUUGAUAAAGCAAAUCAUACUGAAAUAUUUUUGUGCCAAAUUUUGAUGUAUUCAGAAAGUAGUGAAGUAGGAGUUGUUUAGUGAGUGUCAUCCAUUAUGUAAUCUCAUUCAGUUAGGUCAUGCAGGGUAAGUAGUACAUUCAUUACAUUCACAUCUUCACAUUUGCAUGCAUAUUAGAGUAUGGCUAAGUCAGAUAAGUCUCACAGACGCCGUGUCCUUCACAAACACAAACUGCACAUUCUGGCAUUCCUCAAACAAUGGCAAACCUUAUGAAUCGAGUUGUGAAAUUCUGAAACGAUAUAUUACAAAUGGAUUGCAAAAUAAAUGGGGUUAGACCACAUCCUGAAUGUGGCUUUUGAAACUUAAAGUGAAACUAUGGGAAAGGCCUGACUAAUUCUUAUUUUUAGCAAAAUUCCAUAACUAUGGAUAUUUUUGAGAAGUGAGUGAUGCUUGUCCUAUAUAAUGAGAUGGGGAUAAGUUUAUUCUACAGAAGUGGCUGUUUGAAUAUUGUUGAAGAGCUAUUAAGAUGUGUAUUUAUUGUAUAUAAAAUAACAAUUAUAUAUUACUGUUCAUUGUCAGAGUUUGUUCAAGCAUGAAUGCCCAUAAUGUUUAUAUAUUUAUCUCUCCCAUGGAUCUCUUCAAUAGAUACAUUGUCUUGUACUCCAAUGGAGCCUUUUUUAAGGGUUAUUUGAUACACACAAAGCAUUGAAAUGGUAUGCUCUUUUAUAAUUCAAAAAGCUGUUUAAUUGGAUGGAAUGAUAAGUAGUCUUUUUUACCACUUCUGACAAUUUUAUGAGAACCUUAUUGAUGUACUCUAUGGAAUUUUUAAUGAAGCAAUUGUCAAAUUAAGAAUUCAGCAAUGAAUAACCAAUCAUUUAAAUGCAAAACAUCAAAUUAUAUGGCCAUAAUUUUACACAAUGUUAAUUGUAGUUGAUUUUUUACUCCAUAUUUUUUGCAUGAGUUUUUAAAUUAAUUUUUUCAAGGGGGGGGGGGGUCGGAAGGAAAAAAAGGAGAUUUUUGUGUUGGAUCCAUUGAUUUGAUCUAGGAGAUGUUUGUGUUGGAUCCAUUGCUUUGAUCUGGGAGAGUUUUGUUUGGAUUUUCUAUUUUAUCUUCAUUUCUUUGUUAUGAAUGAGUUAGAAGGUGGCUGUAGAGUGAUCUCUCUGACACUCUACAGCCACCUAAAUGAUUGCCGUCCAUUUGUGUAAAUAAACUUAUUAUUUUUGUUUUUUGUUUUGCAUAUGUUCAUUUACAUGUAUAAUCAGUGUUGUUUAAGUUUUUUUCUUUCUUUUUAUUCUUUACUGAAACUGUUAAGAUAGAAGCUGUUCAAAAUGAUAUGCGAAGAGUGUUACAUAAUAUUGUGCAACAUUGGGUGGAUCUGUUAUACAGAACUUUUUUGUUUGUUGUCGUCACGCAGCCUUUUUUUAUUAGUUGAUGAAGUGGGUGGCGGGUGUCAGCUUACAAUCGAGUGGUCCUCGUGGCAUAGCUGGCCUUUGUGACAUGUAACUGGGUGUGUUGGGGGUACAGUCAUAGAGCAUGACCACUUGUUCACCAUCCCUUUCCAUUGCGGGACAAAAACAUGGAAUGUCCGUGGCCUAUUUAUAGUUCUGAUCAGACAUGUAAGCUCUCGAUUUAAAUGGUGUCUCAGGUUUAGGCAGGUAACAGCGAUACAACUUCACCUGUUGUUGUCGUCCACAAAUAAGGAAGUUUGGAUGAACCGCUUCUUCGUACAUGUAUUAUCAAUGGGCCCAGUGUAAUUAUGCAUGCAGAAAGAGAAUGACGCAUUUGUCUUUGUGACAAUAAACAGAAGUAUGAAAGGCAAAAAGACUGCGAUAUUUUAAUAUUAGUUAUUUCCUUGUAAGCCACCUGUGCGAUUUUUGAUUUACUCUUGUGAAAUGCCGUCCUAAGCAAAAUGUACGUGUAGGUCAAAUUGUAUUAUUUAAAUCCCACUAAGUACAGACUGCCCAAGUUUUAUCUUAGACACAUCAUAUUUUUGAAAACUCUUGAGUUUAGGUGUAUUUUUUAACAAACAACUUUUUGUGGAUGAUCUUUAUUGAUGCAGCAUACCCUAUUAAAAAGAAAAAAAAAGAAAAUAUAUAUAUAUAUAUAUAUGCAAUCGUAUCCCUACAUUUUCAUGUCCUAGAGAAAGCACCGUUUUACCUGCCUAAACCUGAGGUAUGCAUGAAGUAGGUCGCCCCAUACAGUAAGUAAUGAAUUCGUCGAGACGUGCCCAUUUGACGUACAUUGUCAGCUGAUGCCAGACCACGAUACAUGGCUUCUUUCCGUCUUCAAACGAGCCAUUUUUGUAGAACCAGUUAGUCGAAUUCACGCUCUAGUAAACAUUCCUGACUGUCAAUUCAGCAAUGUUGCAAUUUUGGGGGUUAGAAAUAUAUGCUGCGACGACACUCCAACCAGAGAUUGAGAACAUCGAAUUUAUGUUUCUUGUUGUUAAAAUAUAUUUUUUUCGCCACGUGUUGUAAGAAAAAUCUACUCAAUGUGCAUGUAAUGUUACACUUGUAAAGACUCAUUUUUUAGAAACACCAACAAAAAAAGUAUGAAAACGUUUAAUCUUUAACAACUAAAAUCUACCUCUCUCUAUGGAAAAAAAAGAAAACACGAUUUUUUCUAUAAUUUUUGAAUUAUUUGAUACCUUUUAGUCAGUAUUGAUUGAAUUGGAAACUUCAUCAUUUUGACAGCCUCUCUGUAUGAUGUUAAAGGGUGUCAUUACGUUUGUUUGUGGGCAAUGAUUCAGAUUGCUUGUAUAUAUAACAGAUAUUGUUAUUUAUGUUGUGAUGCGAAAUGACAUUCCAGAAAGUUGUGCAUUGAGAUGUGAUGAGGGAACAUUCUAUUGUCUUGUAUUUUCAUUGAGCUAUGUUUUUAGUGCUUUCUUUAUUUUGUGAGUACGUAUUAUAUAUAUUUUUAAUUAUGUUGGUUUUAUCAGAGGUAUCAGAAAACAGGGUCGGUUUAAAUGCACGAAGGAAAGAAAUCUCAACCUUGAAAUUUGGAAGUUUUCUGUAAAUCCUAACGAACAUCGAAUUUAUUCUUAAAAAACCUGGUUUUGAGGUGUUGAGGGUUCUUUGUGACCGAGCUGUGUGUAUUACAGUGCAGUAAGGUGACUGAUGUUGAUUACAAUACAUGUGGUCAUGUUAUUCGCAAGUCAUGGUUUUGUUUUUCCAAGACAAAAGGACAAACAAGCACUGAAAAACUGUUCUUGCAUGCUAUAUUUAAAAUCAUUCUAUCAGACUUAAACCAAAAAUGGGCAUGAAAAACUUGCCCAAUAUUUAAGAAAACCAAAAAACUGCAGCAGUUUAAAAUGACAAUUACAUUCUAAUUUUUCUUAUACAGCCAUUUUCCAUCUUUUUGGCAAAAAGUAUUUGCCAUCUGGUCUAACAACGAAAUACAUGUAUUUGUUUUGGAAUCUUUUGCUGUGUAAUAUAAGAACAGAUUUUACAGUGUGUUAGCCUCUGUCUUGGAACCCUAGUACUAGUGCAAUAAGAUGUAUAUAUAGUAUUGUGAAAGCUACAAGAGUGACAGACUUACCCGUGGAAAUCUGAAGGAAACGUAGAUUAUUCCUUGCUAUCUUAGAAAUUUCAGUGAAAGAAUUCUUUUCUUUCUUUGUUUCUUACUUUAUACUUGUAUUUUAUCAUUUAUUUGCCGGGAAUAUGAUUAUUAUUUUAUUUUAAUUUUUGGUCUAAAAAGUGUAUUGUGAUGCCCUUAUAACAUUUUUAAAGACGUAAUUGUACCGAUAUAGAUGUAAAUGAACAGUUGAAUAUCAACAAAAUCCCCUUACAAAAUAUUAUUGCAUCAAAAUGGUAAUGCAUAUUUCGGUAGUCUUUAAUUCACAUUCAAGGGAUUAUGUUUUUUUGUAAAUAUUUCAUUAUUUAAAUCACAACAUUAAUUCAUGACGUCAUUUCAACGAAAAUUGAUGUGUAUAAAACGAAAACAAGGUCACUGUAAAUUGCUCUACAAACCACAUAAUAAAGAACUAAAAAGCU